GUCAUGAGAGAGAGAGAGAGAAAGAAAGAGUGUGAAGCGAUGGCAGUUCUUCAUGUCUUUGGCCAGUGUGGGUGACAAUAAACAGUACUAAGGCCAGUGGGAAAUGACUCCAGCACAGAUACUACUGUUCCUGGCAGUGACAGCCAGCCUGACAAGGAGAGCACUUUGUCAGGAAGAUGGGGAUGAUAGAGAUGAUGGAGGGGAAGGAGGGGAUGAAGCAGUGCCCCCAACAGAGACAACCGAGACUACGCCACUACCAGGAACAGAGCUACCUGAACCAACAGAAUCGCUAGAUUUAUCCAUUACAGAUGACGAAGGACUGCUGCCUGAGGGGACCACAGAGGAGGGAUCAGGAUCAGGCUCAGCAGAUUAUCCGAUGGGCAUUGAAGAGGACCCAGAUUUCCCCAACCCAGUCAUCAUCAUAAUUCCCUUGGUCCUGGUUCUGGUCAUCAUCUCCACGGUGGUGGCAUUGGUGAUGAUUUGCCGUCGGUUGAAAAGCAAAGCUCCUAGUCCUGAUAUUCCGCAUCAUGAUGUGUACUUGGAUGCUUGUGAGGGAGAAAAGGUCCCAAUGCCAAUGUUUGAAGAUGAUGUUCCUUCUGUGCUAGAGUUGGAGAUGGAGGACUUGGAAAAAUGGAUGGUGAAAGACGGUGGUGGCAGUAAUAUGAACUGUGAGCCUGCAUAGUUGAACCAAAUGAAGAAAAGGGGGAUGUACCUUGUCACUACUGCAUUUCUACCAAAUGAAAAACAAAAAGAGCAGUAUGGCCAUGUAGCACCCAGCACAGAACUGUCUUCCAAAACCAUAAACAUUAAACCACUGUCAAGGGGAACUGGACCAUGCUUACAUGACGCCAUCUGCACCUGUGCAACCCAGGCUCCGUGGACCUCCUGGAGCAUGUAAUGAAUAGUGUUUCUUUAAUAAUGCAAUUUACUUUUGUCCUGGUCACAUUUCUGCUUUUAAUAUGUUGUAUGUAAGAAAUUUCUUAGAAAAGUCUUUGACAUGUUAUUUCAUUCAGAUUGCUAAGGAUGUUGUUUAUCUUUUGCUCACACAUUGAUAAUCUGCUGUACAUUAUGUGGUGAAACGUUUCAAACAGAGAAGACAUGGAAGAGUAUCUUUCUAAAGCAAAUGCAGGAAGUGACUGUGUCCAUGUGGGCCUCCUUUGCCUGAAAACAAAUCUAUCCACUACUUCAACAUUACUUGGGGCAUGGAUGUAUAAGAAGCACCCAGAAACUUGACUCUUUCAUGCAUAGGGCCUACAUGACAGUCAUAAAAUGUUUGAAUUUAACUAUAUAGGGAAUUGGCAAUGCAAUACAUUACAUACUUUAUUUGUACCUAUUUGCCUCUCCUAAGCAAAUAGGAGGCCCCUGGAGAGCCUAUUUCCAUUUCUCAUUGUGUUUGAGAUCCUUUGCCAAACUAGCUGCCAUGUACAGUAUUUAAGUACAUGCAGAAACAUUGCUCAAAACGUGAGUCCAUUGAGUCCAUACAUGAUCAUGGCUAUUUUGUUUUGUUUUUGAAUGUGCCUAAUUUAUGCGAGUAUAAAGAAAAGAGAGAGUAUUCUAAAAUGUGUAUUUUAUUAGCUAUUAUAAGGCGGUUGCACUUGUGUACAGGAAGUAAGAGAUAUAAGGAGGGUUGCAUUUAAAACAAUAGUGUAGAGCCAUGCAUGUUCAAAUUACUCUCAUGUGAAGAUGGCAUGAUUUCAGUGUUAAUAUUUGCAAAGUCACUCAAAAAGAUUUUUUUUUUUUUGCCGUCUAGACUCUAGAUGCUGCUGUCUAUAGAGUGGUCUGAACUGAAACAUUCCGUGUUGUUGACAAUAAAGCUUGACAAAAUCAGGCAUUUCACACCAUAAUGUUAAAGUGAGUUAUUAAAUUUUGUGUUUUUUUUUGAGCUGACAAG